ACAGAGGGAUCUGUGUGCCUUUUCAAACAAACUCCCUCUGAUCCCAUAAGUGUCCUCAACUGGCUUCUCAAUGAUCUUCAAAAGUACGCCUUAGGUUUCCAACAUGCACUGAGUCCCUCAGCCUCUAGCUGUAAACAUAAAGUAGGAGAUACAGAGGGCGAAUGUCACCAAUUACACCCUGGGAACUGCUACAGUGUCUAUGCUGAUCAACUGAACAUGGAUUAUAUGGCCAACGGACCUCAAAACCUACGUCUUGAAAUGACGGCAUCCAAGAACACCAACAAUAACCAGAGUCCUUCCACCCCGCCAGCCAAAUCUCCUAGUAAUCAGAGGGCAGUUAUCUCCCCUGAUGGAGAAUGUUCUAUGGAUGACCUUUCCUUCUAUGUCAACCGGCUAUCUUCUCUGGUGAUCCAGAUGGCCCGCAAGGAAAUCAAGGAGAAGCUAGAAGGUGGAAGCAAAUGUCUUCAUCAUUCCAUCUAUCCACCCUCUGGGGACAAAGGGAAAGACAGCCCUCGCAGUGCUGUGAGCAAGAUCGCUUCUGAAAUGGCCCAUGAUGCUGUGGAAAUGACCUCUGCAGAAAUGCGGGGCACUGGGGAAGAGUGUAGGGAAGGUGGCCGAAAGACCUUUCUGUACAGCGAACUAUCCAACAAGAACAAAGGUGGAGACAAACAGGUGUGCCAAAGAGAUAGCAAAGAAUUUGCAGAUUCAAUCAGCAAAGGGCUCAUGGUUUAUGCAAAUCAAGUGGCAUCUGACAUGAUGGUCUCUGUUAUGAAGACCUUGAAAGUUCAUAGCUCUGGGAAGCCAAUUCCAGCCUGUAUGGUCCUGAAGAGGGUAUUGUUAAAACACACCAAGGAAAUUGUGUCCGAUUUGAUUGACUCCUGCAUGAAGAACCUACAUAACAUCACCGGGGUCCUGAUGACUGACUCGGACUUUGUCUCAGCAGUCAAGAGGAAUCUGUUCAACCACGGGAAACAAAACGCUGCUGACAUCAUGGAAGCCAUGCUGAAGCGCCUGGUCAGUGCUCUUCUUGGGGAGAAAAGGGAAACUAAAUCUCAGAGUCUGUCAUAUGCAUCCUUGAAAGCUGGGUCCCAUGAUUCCAAAUGCAAGAACCAAAGUCUUGAAUUCUCAGCCAUGAAGGCUGAGACAAAGGGGAAGGACAAAGGCAAAAUGAAACCAGAGGAAUGCAAGCCAUUGACCAGUGCUGAGAAAGUCGGUGAACAUAUUCUCAAGGAGAGCCUGACCAUGUGGAACCAAAAGCAAGGGAAUCCAGGCAAGAUGGCCAGCAAACCAUGCAUCAGUAACAAGGAGGAGAAGAGGGAGAAGAUCAGCCCCUCCACAGAUUCACUGGCAAAGGACUUGAUUGUCUCUGCCCUUAUGCUGAUCCGGUACCACCUGACCCAGCAAGCCAAGGGCAAAGAUGCAUUUGAAGAUGACUGUCCUGGUUCUACCAUGGGCUAUAUGACUCAGAGUACUCAAUACGAGAAGUGUGGAGGUAACCAAAAUGCCAAGGCGCUUUCAAUGAAACAUCUAGAAUCUCAUGGAGCACCUGGACCAUCCACCUCUUUAAAGGAGAAUCAACACAUGGACUCCCAGAAGCUGGAUAUGUCAAACAUUGUCCUGUCACUGAUCCAAAAACUGCUUGGUGAGAGCCCCUUCCACUGUGAAGAUCUAUGUGAAGGUGAGAACAAACGUUCAGAGCCCAGGACAAACAAGGCAUCUUCCAUGUCCAAGAGGCCUGACAGAGGGGAAGACCAAUGCCAGGACAAUCAAGAACUUGACUUUAUCAGUGGAAUGAAGCAGGUGAAUCGACAAUUUAUAGAUCAACUGGUAGAGUCUGUGAUGAAGCUCUGCCUUAUCAUGGCUAAGUACAGCAACAACAGGGCAGCCCUUGCCGAACUGGAAGAACAAGCAGCCUUGGCCAACAACGCCAAUUACCAGGUCGGCGGCCCCAAACGUAGUCAUGAUGGUGGGAUGUCACAGAACUAUCAAGACUCUCCUGGACCUGAAGUCAUUGUCAAUAACCAGUGCUCAACAAGCAGCUUGCAAAAGCAGCUCCAGGCUGUCCUGCAGUGGAUUGCAGCCUCCCAAUUUAACGUGCCCAUGCUCUACUUCAUGGGAGAUGAUGAUGGACAACUGGAAAAGCUUCCGGAAGUUUCAGCUAAGGCCGCAGAGAAGGGGUACAGCGUAGGAGAUCUUCUUCAAGAGGUCAUGAAGUUCGCCAAGGAACGGCAACUGGAUGAAGCUGUGGGAAACAUGGCUAGAAAACAACUGCUAGACUGGCUGCUCACUAACCUGUGAGCUAAAAACUCCUUCGACUCCUCUCCAUUUGCUCCCCCCACCCUAGCAGCAUUCCAUCCCAGCUGGAGCACCCCCACCAUCAGGCCAGCGAACUGCAUGCCACACGAUUGUAAUUCCUAAUACAUCUGAGCAGUUGGACUGUGCCAAUACAGGGCGUCCAACAAGCUGGGAAA